UGGAUCCGGGGAUCCCGGGGGUCUUGAAGGGUCCCGGGGGUCCUGAGGGUCUCGGGGGGGUUUCCCGGGGGUCUCGGGGGGUCCCGGGGGAUCCCAGGGGGUCUCGGGGGGGUUCCCGGGGGUCCCGGCGCCCCCCGGCCGGAGCCAUGGGCGAAUGGACGAUCCUGGAGCGGCUGCUGGAGGCGGCGGUGCAGCAGCACUCCACCAUGAUCGGCAGGAUCCUGCUGACGGUGGUGGUCAUUUUCCGCAUCCUGAUCGUGGCCAUCGUGGGCGAGACGGUCUACGAGGACGAGCAGACCAUGUUCAUGUGCAACACGCUGCAGCCGGGCUGCAACCAGGCGUGCUACGACAAAGCCUUCCCCAUCUCGCACAUCCGCUACUGGGUGUUCCAGAUCAUCCUGGUGUGCACGCCCAGCCUCUGCUUCAUCACCUACUCCGUGCACCAGGCGGCCAAGCAGCGCGAGCGCCGCUGCUCCGUGCUGCAGCCGCUGCUGGAGCCGCGCCGGCCCCGCGGCGGCAACGCGCACGAGGGGGGCAAGGAGGAGCCCGAGGGCGGCGCGGGGCCGGCGCGGCCGCAGCGCAGCGCCAAGGCCAGGAGGCAGGAGGGCAUCUCCCGGUUCUACGUCAUCCAGGUGGUGUUCAGGAACGCGCUGGAGAUCGGCUUCCUGGGCGGCCAGUACUUCCUCUACGGCUUCAACGUGCCGGCCAUCUUCGAGUGCGACCGCUACCCGUGCGUCAAGGAGGUGGAGUGCUACGUGUCGCGGCCCACCGAGAAGAGCGUCUUCCUGGUCUUCAUGUUCGCCGUCUCGGGCGUCUGCGUGCUGCUCAACCUGGCCGAGCUCAACCACCUGGGCUGGCGCAAGGUGCGCGCCGCCGUGCGCGGGGGCCCGCAGCGCAGGCCGCAAGAGCCUGGGCGACGCGCGCCGCAAGGACACCGGCGGCGGCCGCGGCGACGGCCACAACCGCGGUGCCGGCGCUGGGCAGGACGCAGAGCAGCGAGUCGGCCUACGUCUGAUGGGAUUGGGGUCAGGAUUGGGAUGGGAUUGGGAUUUUGGGGUCAGGAUGGGAUCCCAGAGCCUGGGCGACGUGCGCCGCAAGGAGACGGUGACGACCACGGCGACGGCGGCCGCGGUGCCGGCGCUGGGCAGGACGCAGAGCAGCGAGUCGGCCUACGUGUGAUGGGAUUGGGAUUUGGGAUUAGGAUGGGAUUGGGGUCAGGAUUAGGAUUGGACUGAGGUCAGGAUUGGAUCCCAGAGCCCGGGCGACGCGCGCCGCAAGGAGACGGUGACGACCACGGCGACGGCGGCCACGGUGCCGGCGCUGGCAGGACGCAGAGCAGCGAGUCGGGCCUACGUGUGAUGGGAUUGGGGUGGGAUUUGGGAUGGGAUUGGGGUCAGGAUUGGGACUGGGAUGGGAUCCCAGAGCCCAGGCGACGCGCGCCACAAGGACACGGUGACAACGGCAGCAGCCAUGGCGGUGCCGGCGCUGGGCAGGACGCAGAGCAUCAAGUCGGCCUACGUGUGAUGGGAUUGGGAUUUGGGAUUUGGGAUGGGAUCAAGACUGGGAUGGGAUCCCAGAGCCCGGGCGAUGCGCGCCACAAGGACACGGUGACAACGGCCACGGUGCCGGCGCUGGGCAGGACGCAGAGCAGCGAGUCGGCCUACGUGUGAUGGGAUUGGGGUUAGGAUGGGAUUAGGAUUGGGAUGGGGUUGGGGUCAGGAAAGGGGACGGGCAGGUUUGGGAUUGGGAUGGAAUGGGAUUGGAGCCUGCGCUGGGCAGAGAGUCGGCCUAGGUGGGUUGGGACUGGGAUUUGGGAUGGGAUUGGGGUCAGGAUUGGGAUUGGGAUGGACAGGAUUGGGAUUGGGGUCAGGAAAUGGGAUUAGAUUGGGAUGGACAGAAUUGGGAUGGACAGGACUGGGAUUGGGGUCAGGAAACAGAAUGGGAUUGGACUGGGAUGGGAUUGGGAUUGGACUGGGAUUGAAUUGGGAUUGGACUGGGAUGGACAAGACCGGGAUUGGGCUCAGGGGAGGGACUGGGCACGGGUUCAGCCCUGGACUGGAGCCAGAACUGGGAGAGUUUUGGUCCCAAACUGGUGGGGACCGGAACCAGAAUUGUUGGGAUUUCACCCCAAACUGUCGGGGUUUGGGGCCACAACUGCUGGGAUUUCACCCCCGGAUCGCCGGAGUUCGGAGCCGCCAAAAUCGCCGGGAGUUGGACCCAAAAUUGUCAGGAUUUGGAACCAAAAUCAUCAGGAAUUAGAGCGAAAAUCAUUGGGAAUUGGACCCAAAAUUGUCAGGAUUUGAAACCAGAAUCGCCGGGAAUUUGAGCCAAAAUCGCCAGGAAUUGGAACCAAAAUCGCUGGGAAUUUUAGCCAAAAUCAUCAAGAUUUGGACUGAAAAGGAGCAGGGAUCACCCCCGAAGUGUUGGGGUUUCAGCCCAAUUUCAAGGGGUUCAGACCCCAAACUGUGGGGAUUUCAUUCCCAAAUUUCCAGGGUUUGUCCCCAAAACUGUGGAGGUUGGGCCUCAAAACUGUGGAGAUUUCAGCCCCAAAUUUCCGGGGUUUGUCCCCAAAAGCCCCAAGAUUUCAGCCCCAAAUCUCUGGGGUUUGCCCCCAAAACUGUCGGGGUUUGUCCCCAAACCCCCAAGAUUUCAGCCCCAAAUCUCCGAGGUUUGUCCCCAAAACUGUUGGGAUUUCAGCCCCAAAUUUCCGGGGUUUAUCCCCAGAACCCUCAAGAUUUCAGCCCCAAAUCUCCAGAGUUUGUCCCCAAAACUGUUGGGAUUUCAGCCCCAAAUCUCCAGGGUUUGUCCCCAAAUCCCCCAAAAUUUCAGCCCCAAAUUCCCGAAUUUCAGAGGCAGAACUGCUGCAAUUCUGCCCCAAAAAUUUCUGGCUUUCGCUCCCAAAAACGCCAAAACUCCUCCCAAAAAAUUCCAAGAUUUUGGACCCAAAUAUCUGAGAUUUAUCCCCAAAUCCAUCGGGAAUUCAGCCCUGAACUCCUCAGACCCCCCCAAAAUCUCCCAAUUUCAGGGUUUCACCCCAAAAGUUGCUGCUAUUUUUUCCCCCCUCAUUUUUUCCCCUUAAUUUAUGCCAUUAAUUUAUCCCAAUUUAUAUAAUUUUAUUCCCCUUAAUCUCCAUUUAAUUUUGCCUCCCCCAGAUGCAAAUGGAGCUGGAAUAAUUUGCAUUUGUUUGAGCUAUUUGUAUUUAUUUUAGUGACAUUUGUAUUUAUUCAGGGAGGUUUUUAUUUAUUUUGGGCUGUUGAUAUUUAUUUUAGGGAAUUUUUUAUUUAUUUUGGGGCAUUUCUAUUUAUUUUAGUGAGAUCUGUAUUUAUUUUAGGGAAAUCUGUAUUUAUUUUUGGGAGGUUGUAUUUAUUUCAGGAGGUUUGUAUUAAUUUUGGGGGGAUUUCUAUUAAUUUUGGGGGGGUUUAUAUUAAUUUUAGGAAUAUUUGCAUUCAUUCUUAAAGCUUUGCAAUUUUAUUUAGAGCUUUUUAUUUCUUUUGGGGGGCGUUUAUUAAAAUUUGUAUUUAUUUGA